AUCUCUCUUUUCAAACUAUAUAUUCAGCUGGCAAUAUAAUAUAAUGUCCGCCAUGGCCUUCAUGCAAUGCCUUGUUAUGUGCAUCUUCCUCAUCUCCGGCGGCACCACCACCGCCGCCGCAACUUCCCGUCCAGAACCAAUCAUCGAACUCCCGGCAGGCGUGGGUGAGGACCACUGGUACUGCGAGAGCUGGAAACUGGCGGUGGAGAACAACAACGCCGGGCCUUGGGACCAGGAAACCUGCGAGGACUUCGCCAAGUCCUAUAUGACCGACUACCGGUACCUCUCCGACUCCAUGGCCGUCGCCAGCUACGCCAGGGAGUACGCCGUGUCGGUGAAUGUCACCCACCGGGACGCUUGGAUUUUCGACAUCGACGACACUUUGCUCUCGCGCGUUUCCUACUGCGAUGAAUUAUCAGUGAAAUCUGCAGGGUUUAAAAACUGUAAAAACUCUUCUUUGGAUGAUGAUGACUUUGACUUACCAUCAUUACCAGCAAGUUUACAAUUGUACAAGACUAUUCAGAAGUUAGGGUUCAAGAUUUUCUUGAUAUCCGAAAGGAAACAGUCUCAGCUCAACAAUACCGUCAAAAAUCUUUGCAAAGUCGGAUAUAACAAUUGGGACAAACUUAUAUUAAGGGAUACAUGUGAUGAGGAUAAGUCAUCAUUAGUGUUCAAGUCUGAGAAGAGGAUAGAAGUGGUGGAAGAAGGUUACAUCCUUCAGGGGAACUGUGGUGAUCAGUGGUCUGAUUUGCUUGGAUAUGCCACGGCCGUUCGAUCCUUCAAAUUCCCAAAUUUGAUGUACUAUACCAAGUAAAUUAUAUUAAUAUAUAAGUUGUAUUAUAUAUGAAAUUAUAUAUUGUGGUGACAGGAUUAAAUAAACUAUAAGUGUGAUUUCAUUUGUCAAAUGUACUACAAAUAUUUUGUGACCUAAAUUUAUGUAAUAAUGUUAAGUUUGAUUCUUAUGUAUUACAAAAACAUGUAUUGAGUAUAAAAAAUUUCAAAUUGUUUAAUUUU